AAAACCACCUAAGCUGUAUGGUUUGCCAAAAAUACACAAGGCUGAUGCUCCACUCCGUCCAAUUGUCAGCCAGAUCGACUCACCAACCUACAGACUGGCUAAACAUGUUGCCCAUGUACUUUCGCCACUGCGUGGACAAACCAGAGCACAUACACGGGAUUCGUACCACUUUGUUAAUGAGAUCAAACAUCUACAUCUCAGUGACAAUGAAACUAUGGUUAGUUUUGAUGUGCAAUCACUCUUUACAUGCUUACCGGUUGAAGAUUGCAUUAGUAUUGUGUCAAGAAAGCUGAAGGAAAAUGACAUGCCGAUAGAAUAUGCUGACCUUCUCAAGCAUUGCCUUACAUCUGGCUACAUGUUGUGGAAUAAUCAGUUCUACAAGCAAGUAGAUGGCGUAGCGAUGGGUUCACCAGUAUCCCCCGUUGUUGCCGACAUAUUUAUGGAGGACUUCGAGGAAACUGCUCUGCGUACCUCGCCCAUAACACCCAGGUUCUACAAACGGUAUGUAGAUGAUACUUUCACAAUAUUACCAUCUGAUAAAGUAUCCAUAUUCUUACAACAUCUUAACUCCAUAAAUUCCAAAAUUCAAUUCACAAUGGAGUUGGAGGCAAAUAAAUCUUUAGCUUUCUUAGAUGUAUUAGUCAUCCGUAAUCCCAACAAUACCUUAAGCCAUACAGUGUAUAGAAAGCAUACCCAUACGGAUAGGUACUUAAACGGCGAAUCACACCAUCAUCCUACACAGUUAGCUACCGUGGGUAAAUCUUUGUUUCAGAGAGCACGAGGGAUCUGCGAUGAGCGACACCUGGAGACCGAACUUCAACAUGUCAAGCAAGUACUGCGAGACAACAAGCUUCGGGUACCGCGUCCUCAUCGCAGUGAACGUGUGAAACCAGCCACCGUCGAACGAGUACCUGCUGUGCUACCUUUUAUGAAAGGGGUCACUGACAAGAUUGGCUUCAUCUUAAAGCGAGCUUCUACAAAAACUUUUUUCAAGCCGCCAAAAACGAUAAGUCAAUUUUUACCAUCUGUCAAGUGUCAUAUACCCUUACAAGAUGCAGGAGUAUACAAGCUUGAUUGUGACUGUGGUCUCUCUUAUAUAGGACAAACAAAACGAUCGAUCAAAACUCGCGUUAAGGAACAUAUAGCUGACUUAAAACAUCGUCGCUAUACUAAGUCUGCAAUCUGUGAACACAGUCUAGACACAGCUAGCCAUUAUAUUAGAUUCGAUAAACCACAGAUCCUCGCAAAAGAACACCGAUUCCAACCAAGGAUGAUCCGUGAGGCUAUUGAAAUUAAAAAACAUCCAAAUUUCAAUAGAGAAGAUGGCUGGCAAUUACCACCUGCUUGGGACCCCAUUAUUAAUAUAAUUAAAUCAAAAACCAAGCAUAAUUCACCACAGAUUAAAGACUCAAUUAGCACA